AACGAAUUGGUUUCAUGUUAUACACCAGGAAUUGUUCUAAACAAGGCAUUGUUUUCCUGUUGGGAUUUGUUUGUCCUCCAUCGGGCACGCAAAUGUUUUUGCCGUCGACGCUUGAGUUUCCGAGCCAAAACUGUCUCUCAGCUGCUUUCCGAAAAGUAUCUACUCCGUAUAUUAAACUUAAACCGCCUAGAAAGAUAGAGUCAUAUAAUUGGCUCGAACUAGCAAUUAACAAACUAAAAGAGUAAUCUGUUGAUCGUCGAUUUGGCCCUCAUGACUUCCCAAGGCUGAAGAUUGGGGAAUCAGAUCGCAUUCUGGCCCGUACUGACCUUUUAUUCUUAACCAGUGCAACGAAUGUCGUACAUCAAUGUGGGGCUUGGUAGGUUGAGUUGACAUCAUCAAACACUCAUUUGCGGACUGGCGAUAAAACACGCCCUCCUGUUACAGUCAUAUGAACUGAAGAGUCUAAGUAGACGGGUUCAGUUAGUACUACGUACCUAUAAAAGUGGGCUUCACGGACCGCUCUGGUUGACGCCUUGAAUUUCUUGUGCAAGUGUUCUUUAAAAUGGAGGCGCCGUCGGAAAUCAUAACCGAGUAAUCAAUCAAUCACAAUAGCUCCCCGAACGGAUACAUUUCCGAAAUCGACCUGCCAAACCCUUGAAGCCAAACAAAUGCAAGUGAAAGGUUCCGGCAGUGCCGACCGAAACACGGCAUGCUACUUGAUUCGUAUCCUUCGUUUGCAGCUUGCUAGCUGUCUCUGCUUCUGUUCAUUCUUCGCAACACCCCACCUCAUCGCUUUGUAUUACCCACCAAAGAAGGCAGAGUUGGACGAGCUGGCACCAUCACUGCAGGAUGAUUCAACCCACAAGCAACUACACAGCUCCGCCUCCUAAACUGGGUGCUGAGAAGUCCAAUUUUGAGAAGAAGAUGUGGAUGUCCCUAGUCCGGAAAAGAGGGUGGUCGUCCCUGUAGAUCAAGGAGCUGGGCAAGGUGCAUCAGCAUAAAACCCAAAGUUGGGCGCUAGUUCCAUUGGCUGCCCAGCGACAACUCAAGCAUGACAGUAAUAAAUCUUACCGGGGCAAUUCUGGGGCGGCGAUUGCUCGGUGGUGGGGCCGUAGCACCACACCCGGCACCCCAGGAGAUCCCUAUUUUUGGUUUGACGAAGGGCGAGCUCAAUCCUGCAGGCGGAUCGCGAAUCGGACGGCGCCAGAAAUUUUCAACCUUGAGCUGCAGAGCCAAUGAAAUCGUUGAGCUCCGAAGACCUCCUUUGAGAAAGGCAAUUGAAUGCUCUGUAACAAUGGCAUGGGCAGAUGGAUCCCGGGAGACAACUGCAAGCCCAAACCUUGUCCAGCUGCCUGUUAUCCCAACCCAUCAGAAAUGCGGAUCCGACACAUCCCAACUUGAAAUUAUGGACUUGUCUAAGUUCUUACGGCUGGCUGGCUUUUGUGGGGGGCUGGCCUGAAGAUCGUUCUGCUCGCUGAGUGAAUCUGACCAGUCGGAGAGUGUGGGUUUCGCAGCUGGCUGGUCUGAAAAGGCUUUUGUACUCGCGAACAGCAAAAAAAUGGCGGGAUGGUGCAUAUCACGUGAUGUGACACUGGAG